GGAGUCAUACGUGUCGGCGUCUUCUUCCCCACAAUUGCCAAGGAGUCGCUUGAUUGGACAGCUUUUUUUUCAGGAGGAGUCAUACGUGUCGUAAUCGUCUUCCCCACAGUUGCCGCAAGGAAAAUAGCAGCUGAUCCAACAUCAUAUCAAGAAUCGGUCGUAGAAAACUCAGCCACACCAAAUCGUUCUCUACACACAACUCUGUACAUGAAACUUGAUAAAACGGCAAAACUUUCUGAUUCGGUGGAAGGAUGGUCAAAGCAGUUUGCUACAAACCAUUUCUUGUGCGGUCGCUCCAAAAGGUGUGUGUUUUGGUCAUCGGAGCUUCGGUAUCCAGAAAUCGUUCAACCAGCGUUCCUUUAG